AUGGGACGAGGGCGAGGGCGGCCGCCAAAAAAAUCGGUGCCUCCACCACCAUUAUCGCCGGUGGUCUCUACUCCGGUGUCUCAAUCGGUUUUGCGAAGCCACAAUGUCAGCAAGAAUCUCAGCACAGAGGAAAAUGUGGGAAUCAAGUACCUUGGAGAAACCUCAGAUGCUCCGGAAGACGGAAGCAUUGCGAAGAAGAGUAACGAAAUUGAACUGGAAAAACCUAGGUCAACUCCAACUCCUGAAGAAGGGCGAAAGCUAUGGGCUGAUGUGUUGAAAGACAACAGGAAUCCGGAGAAAGGUCGUGCUAUGAAGUUCAUACCCCCUCAAGUCGUGGAAGGGAAAAUCGAGGUUCAAAUUGAGGAAGAUGAUGUCAGCUCUGAAAUCAAGUUCUGGGAAUCUUCGCUGAUUCUUUAUGCUAUGGGAGCGGAUUUGAGUAUGAAUGCGGUCAAGAAUUUUAUGACCAGAACUUGGAAUUUUGUUCAACUACCGGACAUGUAUUUCAAUGAUGAAGGGUAUUUCAUUCUCCGGUUCAAAUCAUUCACAGAUCGAGACGAAGUUAUGCUGAGAGGACCGUACAUGUUAAGAAACAUUCCUUUGUUGAUUCGUGAAUGGAGGCCAGAUUUCAAGAUCAAGGAUGAACUCUUAAGAACCUUACCUAUUUGGGUUAAACUUCCCCAACUCCCUAUCGUGUUGUGGGGUGAUACAAGCCUGAAUAAGAUUGGGAGUGCCCUAGGUAAGCCUAUUAUGACAGAUGAAUGUACUGCAAACAGAUUGCGAGUAUCCUAUGCACGUAUUCUAGUUGAAAUGGAUAUUACAAAGGAACUACCUCAAUCAAUCACCAUAGCUGAUCAUGCUGGAGAAAAGAUGCAACAAUCAAUUGAGUAUGAGUGGAGACCUCUUUUCUGCAACAAAUGUCAAAAGGUAGGUCACUGUUGUGAAAAGCCUAAGAUGAGGAAACAAUGGAUACCAAGGAAUGUGAAACAACCUGAAGCUAAUGAGAUGUCAAAUAAGAGUGGGGAUGCUAAUAAAGAGCCUUUUGAAAUAGGAAAUGUCAAUUUGGAUAUAGUUCAGAGUAGGAAGGAGAAUGAUGGCUCUAUUGCUACUGAGGUUACUUCUAUCAGAAAUAAUGAUGUGGAAAAAGUUAUGGAAAAAUGGACUGAGGUUAUUAAAAGUGGAAGAGAUAGAGGUAAAAAGUUAGGUAAUGUUGAAGCCGCAGGUGUGUUUUCACAUGACAAUGGGUUUGAUGCUCUAGAGAUUUUGAAGGAUCUCGUAGUGGCUCAAAACACUGGCCAAAUGAUUGUCUCUUGGAAUAUCAGGGGGCUGAAUAAAAUGGGGAAGCUAAAGAAGACUAGCUCCCGUCUCCUAAACCUUCAUCCCAACAUUGCUAUACUACUUGAAACUAGAGUUAAAUGUGAGAAAGCAAAGAAAGUUAGAGAACAUCUUAACCUCAGAGGUAAAUAUAUUGACAACUAUCAAUCUCAUUACAAUGGUAGGAUUUGGAUUUUUUGGGAUGACAGAUAUAAGGAUAUCAGAAUGGUGAGAUGCACAGAUCAGAUGAUACACUGUGGAAUUUAUGAUGUUAAUGGCAACUUCCAACACUGGAUGACAGCCAUUUAUGCUAUGAAUCAGCUGGACCAAAAAAGGAAAUUAUGGGAGGAUUUGGAGCAUAUACACAACAACCAACAAGGGCCUUGGUUCCUAAUGGGAGAUUUUAACAAUGUGACAAAAUCCAUGGACAGGAUUGGGGGAAACUUGGUGACUGAGAGCGAAUAUGUUGAUUUAAGAAACUUGAUGGAUAAUGCUGGGCUUUUUGAGAAGGAUAACACAGGUGAUUAUUUUACAUGGACAAAUAAACACUCUGUAGGCACUAUAUACUCAAAAAUUGAUCAUGUGCUUGGUAAUAUUGACUGGCUGCAGGAAAAUACUAAUAUGAAGCUAGAGAUUCUCCCACCUAGUAUUUCUGAUCACUGCUUAUUGUGUUUGUCUGACCAUAAAAGAAACAGGAGUGUACACACCAACUUCAAGUUUACUAAUAGUGUGAUUAAGUUGGAUGGAUAUCAGGACAUUGUUAAGCAGAGUUGGUACAAAAGGUGUAUGGGAAGACCUAUGGCUCGUUUGUGGUACAAGUUGCUAAGGUUGCAGGCUCCUCUUAUCAAAUUGAGCAAGCAGUUCUCUCAUAUCCAUAUGUCCAUUAUUAAAGCCAGGACUGAACUUCUCAAAGCGUAG